GCGCACUCGUUUUUUUGUUUUAGUGUUGCACGCGCAUGCGCAUUGAAAAUGCCAAAGCGCAUUACGAUAAUACAAAGUAAAGUAUGAAAUAAACUUAAACAUAAAAUAGAGUGCAUAAGGAAAUAGUGAAAAAUUUGCGAAAUCACAUGCAUUUCAUUUGUGCGCUUGUAAACGGAUUGACUAACUAACCUCACGCGCUACUAACCGAUUUACGAGUGACGAGCAGAGCGCGCGCAUGCGUUGGCCGAAAGUGUUGUAAGAUCAAGCGCGUAAAUUAAAAGCAAAAGUGUUAUUACAGUGUAUGUUGAAAAUGUAAAAAAUUAGUAAUAUUGCUAGCAAAUUUAUGAAAAAAAUAAAAAUAUUGUAUAAGAAAGAGACAAAAUAUUGAAUUCUGAAAAAUUUCAGUAGAAGUGAUAAAAUCCAAGAAAAGAAAUUAAUAUAUUUAACGAUAAUUAAAAAUAAUAAAAUCCCUCACCAGAAAUUAUACCAAAGCCGCGCUACAUAAAAGUCGCUCAAAUAGACACUACCAAAAACUUAACUGCUAACCAAUCGAAAGUUAUCAUCAUCGUCAUCCAUUUAGAAAGAUUUCUACUGAUUCUCUCGGCAAUGCUAAAAAUUUGCAAAAUAAACGCCUGUCCAAAUGGAACACUUGGCCUACACCUGAGUCGAGCACCCUGGGAUCCUUAUCCCUGGGUGAGUGGCAUACAGGAGGGUUCCAGCGCAGAAGAAGCUGGCAUGCGCGUCGGUGAUACAGUGUUGGAGUUCAAUGGCAACGACGUAUUGGGACAGAAGAUAUUAGAAAUUGCAAAUAGAAUACGUGCCCAUUGGCAAAGUGGCGCGACAGAUGUGACAGUAGUCAUUUGGCGUAAUCAAACGGAAUUGGAUAAUGAUUGCAGCGAUGGAGGCUAUGAAGAUGAAGAGCAGGAGGAUAAUGGGACAGUAGCAGAGGAACAAAGAAAGCAGCGCGUGCAGCGUUCACAUCAACAACAUUCCAGUAUUAAUCAGCAGUCAUUGCAGAAGUUCGCCACAUGCCUGCAACACAUUGCCCAAUUAUUGGAGUGUCCUGUUUGCCUAGAGGUCAUUCGUCCACCUGGUUGGCAAUGUUGCAACGGACAUGUGUUAUGCAACAACUGCCGCAGCCGUUCGGUCAAAUGUCCGGUGUGUCGUGUGCCUUUGGGUCCCAGAGGACGCUGCCUGCUCGCGGAUAAAUUAUUCACCGUGUUGGCUGAGAGUUUUCCCUGUGAUGGCGUGCGAAGCAAUCGAAAUUCCCCAAAGGGGACACGAAAAUGCUCACCUGAAUUAAAAGGAGCUCCCAAGGCGUGUGUGACAACACAAAAACACCAGCAGAGAGAAAAAGUUGAACAACAAAAGCAACAAAUCAAAUCCAAAGAAAUGCAACAGCAAGACAAGAGAAAGGUCAAAAGUGUUGCUGCCGCCUCGGCUGCCAUUGGUAGUGGCCAAAGGAAUGUGUCACUUGGAAAAGUUGCGGUGAAGGAAAGCACAACAACUUUAGCAACAGCAACAAACACUGCUGGCACAGUAUUGCAAGAAAUGAACAACUGCACGAACAGCAACAACAACAACAACAUCAAUUGCAAUACCAGCAAAAGCGUGAACGGCAAUAGUAGGAAGAGUUCUUCGCAAACUGAAGAAGCUGAAAAUGGCAGUUCAUCGCAGGGUUGUCACUGGCAAUGGCGCAAGAGUCGAACGCGAGUUGCUAAAGAACAACAACAACAGCAAUAACAAUUGAGUGAAGCAGAACAAGUUUAUAAAAGUUACGCAGAUGAGCAAUUGUCCAUCACAGGAGUGUCCUAGGCGAUGCCGACGACGAUGAGGACGGCAAAUGUCAGCGGUAGAAUAAACAUAGAACUUUAGCUAACGCAGAGAGGGCGGUGUGUCAGCCGAAGGGGUGAGUGAGUUGCAUUUUGGUAAGAGCAUAACUGGAUGGAGGCGAAUGGCGAGAAUUCAAGCUUUCGGGGGAGUACACGAGGAGUUUCGAACUCGGUUGGACAGUUGAUUGUGAAUGGCGUUGUGACGGAAGGAAAUGCGACGGUCAACAAUGUCCUCGUUAAACCCAAGUUGCAGUCAAGUAAGAAAUCAGCAGAUAACUCGGCUAAGGUGGAGAAGUCACGAAAUGUUGAACAUAAAUAACAACAAAAAAGUUAAAAACUUAAAAUAAGUAAGAAAUGAAUAAUUUGUGAAAAAAACGAAACAAAGUACACAAAAACUAAACAAGACAAGGCACGAAUAAAUAAAAAUAAAAUAGCAAAGAUGAAGUUGCAAACAUAUGUAAUGACAUGCGAAAGAAAACAACAACUCCAACGUAAACAAUAAAACAAAUAUAAAAAUGAAAAAAUAUAUAUGUAUGUAUGUAGUAGCAACAUUUAUCUUGUGCUCAGAUUAGCUGGUAGUCAGUUGGACAGAGGCACGCCAGCUGUGUAAUGCCGCUGCCGCUGCCGCUACUACUGCUGCUGCUGUUAGUUGUAGCAACUACUGCUGGGGAUUAGCAACAAUAUCAAAAUUAUCAUUGUCCAACUGGGAAAUCAUGUGGCACUUUGGAACGUGCAACAUUCAGCACAUUGAAGUGUGGCAACCGGCGAACGAGCACAAUGAGCGUGUUGCUGUAGUGUAGUGCAGAAAGUGUUUUACUACAAAAAGUAAAAAAAAAAUUAAAAAAAAAUAAAACACAGUUACAUGCAACAACAUCAUUGCCGACAAGAAUUGUGACAAAUAACGCUGUGAGCGUACGAACAAUAGACGUUAGACAAAUAAAAAAUUUGUUGUUGUAAAAUAGAAGUGAAGAAAUCGAGAAUCUACAUCUUGGGAAAAUCUCUGUGGCGAACAGUGUGUUAUUUAAUAAAUUUUUUUUUUCACAGAAAUAAAAAAGGAUAUCAAAAGUGAAGCAAAAUUUUA